AUGAUUAUUGGAAAACUUUCACGAUUUGGUUUUGGACGAUCACUCAAAAUGGGCAAAAUGGCUUUCUAUUGUGUGGCGAUGUCCUAUGUGGCGAGUGUUCCAAACUUCAUGGCGUUUAAUUAUGCAGUUCGCAGAUUAUGGGUUCCGCUUUUGUCGAUUCCCUGUGUUUUCUGUAUGAUUCUAAUCGGAUUCCCAGUGACGUACCUGGAGUUAGCAUUGGGACAAUACACCCAAUCAACUAUGCUUACUGUCUUUGAUCGUAUCGCUCCGAUCAGCUUCGGUAGGUCUCUGACCAAUCACCAUAUCCGGGAAAACGCUGCACUUCUACUUCUAGGUGUUGGCGUGUCAGCCACUAUACUACUUAUGGUGAGCACGAUAAUUGACAACGACAUAUUGGCCCCCAUGGCCCUUUCUUUGUACCACACGUUCGACAUAUUCGGCACUGAGCCACAUUGGUACGAUUGCGCUGGAGAUCACAUCAGAGAAAGUGGGUGA